UGUUCGACCUCCGCCGCGUACGCUAGUCCCUUGCGCACCAUUACAUCAAUAGUACCUCCCCACCUACAACUGUGGCUGUUUUCAACCAACCUCCUCGGUAAGGUCACGUGAUCCUCGGCGUCGUUGAACCGCAAGCAGCCUCGGGCAACCACCUUCCAGUUGGUCCUUCACUCGUAGAUGAUGAUCCACGCCUAGCGCCCUCAUGAGACUCACUCAGAGGUUCCAAGCGAUGCUUCUCCUGUCUGCGUUGUUCCUCGUCUUCCUCUACUCCACUGUACGCAAGGAGGUAGUCUCUGGAGCGGAAGAGGCUCCAAAGCGUGCCUUGGUGCGCCAAACGGCGGUUCGAACCCCGGUCCGAACCAAAGUACCAACCCCGCCGAAGAUCAACGUAUCUUCCGCGUUCAGGAAUUCCAUCCCAGUAAAUGGAGCGUACUGGAACCGGCUUCUGCACUCUGGUCUCAAACACACAGACAAGGGCAAGGACCCGUUGAGCCGGGAUCCGCCUUGGCAUCACUGCCGAGAGACCAAUCAGGAACUGAUGGACACGAACGUGCACAAUUUGGCCUCGUACCCGCUUCUGCUGCAGCAUUUUCUGCGGGGAAUGAAGUGUCGAUCGCCUCCGUUCCUCAUGGACCAGCCCGACAAGUGUGGAGAGAACGCUACCUUCCUGCUCUUCGCCAUCAAGUCCAUGCCAGCUCACUUUGAGCAGCGGCAGGCGGUGCGUGACACCUGGGGACGGGAGCGCCUCCAUGAUGGUGGCCUACGUGUGAGGACCGUCUUCAUGCUGGGCGCCGCCUCAACGGACGACCCGGACCUCAGCGCACUGCUACAGUUUGAAGCUGAGCGCUACGGCGACGUACUGCAGGCAGACUUCCAUGAGUCCCUGUUCAACCUGACCCUCAAGAUCAACACCUUCCUGCAGUGGACCCUGGAAAGGUGUCCGCGGGUCUCCUUCAUCUUCAGCGGAGACGACGACGUUGUGGUCAACACUCCGGCUCUGCUGGUCUACCUCCUCUCUCUCGACUCUUCCAAGGCCUCACGGUUGUACGCCGGACACGUGAUAAAGACGGCAAGCCCCCUGCGGGACCCCAAGAGCAAGUACUUCAUCCCCAUGAGCUUCUAUGAGGGCCCAUACCCGGCCUACGUGGGCGGCGGAGGCUUCGUCAUCUCGGGGGCGUUGCUGGCACCGCUCUAUUCGACUUGCGAAGUCAUUCCCUUCUUCCCCAUUGACGACGUCUACGUGGGCAUGUGCUUCAGUGCCCUGGGGGUCUCGCCCGAGGCACACGCCGGCUUCCAGACCUUCGACAUUCGAGAGAGGGACCGUGAGAACCUGUGCGCCUACAAGAAGUUGAUCCUGGUCCACCGCCGGUCCCCCCAGCAGGUGAAGAGAAUUUGGAGGGGUAUCCACAGUCCCCUGCUGACCUGUUGAGGCGGAAUAUUUUAGGGAUGGAGGAGUUGAGGGUGAAACGUCGGACAGCGUGGUUUAAUAUCACAUUUCCAGCCACAGAAACAUUUAAAUGUUGGAUCAGACCUUGUUUAACAUUGUGACAUAAUUAAAAAAUAAUUUUGCUGCACACAAGGACCAAGGCAGUACAUUUCAGUGGGACUAUUAAAAAAAAUUUUCGGUUUAGUA